GACGUUGACGUGGCGUCUUGUUGGAGACGUCGAGCGAAAGCAAAGCUUUUCUGCUCUGCGCAUCUCCUUUCAAUGGGCAAACCGGUCAUAAAGAUUGAUUUAUACAUUCACUAACACAAACACCUUCUAGUUGACAGCGUGCGCGUGUGUUUUAGCGAUAUUGCUGCUUGAAUUAGCCAUCAACUGCUACCAGUCAUAAUGGAGACGCAACAUAUUGGUAACUCGAACAAGAAACAGAAGCUAACUAACGCGCCUGAGAACUGGGGAAUGCAGCGAGCAACCAAUGUCACCUAUCAAGCUCAUCAUGUAAGCCGGAACAAGCGGGGUCAGGUAGUGGGCACAAGAGGAGGAUUUAGGGGAUGCACUGUCUGGCUCACAGGUCUGUCAGGUGCUGGGAAGACCACAGUGAGUAUGGCUCUGGAGGAGUACCUCGUAUGUCACGGUAUUCCCUGCUACACACUGGAUGGGGACAACAUUCGUCAAGGGUUGAACAAAAAUCUGGGUUUCAGCCCUGAAGACCGUGAAGAGAACAUUAGACGCAUCGCUGAAGUGGCCCGGCUUUUUGCUGAUGCAGGCCUGGUUUGCAUCGCCAGUUUUAUUUCACCCUAUAGCCGAGAUCGUCUAAAUGCCCGAAAGAUUCACGAGGCAGCUGGAUUACCUUUCUUUGAAGUUUUCGUGGACGCCCCGCUGGAUGUUUGUGAGCAGAGGGAUGUGAAGGGGCUGUACAAGAGAGCUAGAGCUGGAGAGAUAAGAGGUUUCACUGGGAUUGACUCGGAGUACGAGAAGCCAGAGGCUCCAGAGCUGGUGCUAAAGACCGACUCCUGCAGCGUGAACGAGUGCAUUCAGCAGCUCAUUGACCUGCUGCAGGAGCGGGAUAUAGUUCCUGUUGAUGCUGCGUAUGACGUUAAGGAGCUGUACGUUCAGGAGAACAAACUGGACCUGGCCAAGGCCGAUGCAGAGACACUUCCAGCUGUUGAGAUUGGGAAGGUGGACAUGCAGUGGGUACAGGUGCUAGCUGAAGGCUGGGCCACCCCUCUGAAUGGCUUCAUGAGAGAGAGAGAGUUUCUACAGUGUCUUCAUUUCGACUGUCUGCUGGAUGGUGGUGUGAUCAAUCUCUCGGUGCCCAUCGUGCUGCCAGUGUCAGCAGCAGAUAAAGAGCGUUUGGACGGUGUAACGGCUAUGGCGCUGGUCUACCAGGGCAGACGGGUUGCCAUCCUGCGCAACCCUGAGUUUUACGAACACAGAAAAGAGGAGCGCUGUGCUCGUCAGUGGGGCACCACCUGCAAAGAGCACCCGUACAUCAAGAUGGUGAUGGAAAGUGGAGACUGGCUGGUUGGUGGUGACCUUCAGGUUCUGGACAGGAUCUACUGGAAUGAUGGCCUGGACCAGUACCGGCUGACGCCCACUGAGCUCAAACAGAAAUUUAAAGAAAUGAAUGCUGAUGCAGUCUUCGCCUUUCAGCUCCGUAACCCAGUCCACAACGGCCACGCACUUCUGAUGCAGGACACCCACAAGCGUCUCAUCGAGCGGGGCUAUCGCCGACCUGUGCUGCUUCUCCACCCCCUGGGAGGGUGGACCAAAGACGACGACGUUCCUCUGCCUUGGAGAAUGAAGCAACAUGCUGCCGUGCUGGAGGAGGGCAUCCUUAACCCGGACACAACUAUUGUUGCCAUUUUUCCCUCGCCUAUGAUGUACGCAGGGCCAACAGAGGUCCAGUGGCACUGCAGAGCACGCAUGGUGGCUGGUGCCAAUUUCUACAUCGUGGGUCGAGAUCCUGCGGGCAUGCCUCACCCUGAAACAGGAAAGGAUCUCUAUGAGCCCACGCACGGUGCCAAGGUCCUCACCAUGGCUCCAGGCCUCAUCACCCUGGAGAUUGUACCCUUCAAGGUUGCAGCUUACAACAAGGUUAAGAGAGCCAUGGACUUCUACGAGGCUAAAAACCAUCAAGAUUACGACUUCAUCUCAGGCACACGCAUGCGUAGGAUGGCCCGUGAGGGUCAGAACCCCCCAGAUGGCUUCAUGGCUCCAAAAGCCUGGGCCGUUUUGAAGGAGUACUACAAAUUACUGGAGAAGGCCUAAAGGUGGAGUCUCAGAAUAAACACAACCUGGGGAGCACAGCGAUUUCUGUCUGAGAGGAGGAACGUGGGGGACCACUCACUCUGGCUGUUAUCUGUGUUACUUUCUGCACCAAACUCUGGCCUCGGUUGCUAUUUUUCUCGUCACUUUUGUGUUUAAAGCCCGGACCACACUCGCAUUUUUCGGCUGUCGCGCAGGACUUCUCAUGACACUCUGUGAGGACUCCAGAUAGCAGGCACAAAGCCCAAGAUUUUAGUGAGCCACACUGCACUGCACGAUGUUUUCUUGCUCUUGCAGGACAUGCUAACAUCAUGAGCACGUCCCCCGAGAAGCAUACAUCACUAAAAGCCGACAGCUGACUGAAACAACAAUGCUGAAAAGAGAAAAAGGCGCUGCUGUUAACACUUCUUUUAUUCGACUCCGAACAAAACUCCAAAAAGUAGCGGUCCGAAUGAGCAUGUGGCUUCCACUGCUGCUAAUGCGACUCUCGUCACUAGUUGUUCACGUCACUCCCUGGGUGUAUUUUCAUCACUCAAUUACAGACCGGAAUCUGAUUUUGGUCGCGCGAGUGCUCAAUAAGCUGUCGCAGAGCCGCUUGCACUGGAUGGCCACAGACUUGCAAAUCACCCUCACGUUCACCGUGAGAGCUUUGUCUAGGACGGACGAAAAACGCAGUGUGGUCUGUGCUUUAGCUGCUCUUGUUUCGUUUAUCUACACUCUCUGUGAUACUGUAGAGUAAUGGCUGUACUGAAGAUAGGAAGAUGAACUUUUUAUAAAAGUACUCUUGUAUUUCUCGCCUAAUCUAAUACUGUAUGUUCCGAUCACUGGUCGCUUGUCGUGUGUACAAUUCUGAAGAUUGAGAAGCCUUCUAACAACACAUAUGUACUGUUGACCAGUACUUUUAGAUAUUAAUGUUGCGUAUUUUUCAGAACCCCUUAAACAAGCAGUUUUCUUUGCUGUGACACUUAGCUGAAGUUGGUGUACAGCAGUCUUUGUAGUACAAGUUGGGGGCCUUGGUCUUUAGGAUGCGCACACAUGCCGUUGGUCCAGCUAGGUCUACUGUUGCGCUGAAACGCUUCAGUCAGUAAAUAACCUUUUAAAAGCCUUUAUUUUUCACUCUUUUUUGUUUAUUUGUUGUGUCCUUACAUAUUUAACAGUUUCUCCUUCAUCACGUUGUGUACGUAGCCAUGGUGCUUCAGUGUCUUUGUAUUUUGUUGCACUUUCAUCCACAGUUUUCUGUAUUUGAGUUGCUAAUAUUUUCCAUAUGGUCCUUAAUUUUUAAGACUUUGGUUUAAUCAGAUGGUCGAGGGUUACCAAGGGAUCAAUCCUUUAGUAAUCUCCACUGCCCAAUAAACCAUUUUUAGCAAAGAA